UUUGAAUUAGAUUAUGAAAUAAUAUCUUUCAAGUGGUAGUUUAAAACUGUAUCAAUGUAUAUUUGAAUUCAACCUCCCCCUGAGUUACCAAAACUCUAAAAGCUUCGGUUCUCAGAGACAUUUUAGGUUGGAUAUUGAACAGGUAAAAACAAACAAACAAAAAAAAACAUUAACAUGAACAUAUUUUAGAUUUCAGAGUGAAUGACACAGUACAAACUUGGAAAAGGGACAAGAUUUAUUUUUUGUGGCUUGAUAUUAAUUUAGAAAAAAAACUACAAGAACUUACAGGAAGAAAUUGACAAAUUUUGCACAUUUAAUUGGUUUGACUGUGGCUCCUAAUUGGGGGAAAUUUUUGAUAAUGGUGAUUUUUUUUAGUAUUGUAGCUCUGAUAAACAGCACAAAGAAUUAUUGUCCUUAUUGCCUUAUUGUCUCAACUUCUUCUUCAACCAGCUUUUUAUUUUCCACUACAUGGCCAGUAGUUGGCUUCCUCCCACCAGGUGAUACCAUUUAAACUGAUCCCAGGUGAAUAAGGGACAGGUGUGCGCUGGGGACACACAUCUCUCUCAACAGAAAUUUUGGACCAUUUUUUUCUCAGUUUGGCAAAAAUGAACAGCUAAAUAUAUAUAUUUUUUACUGUUAUGUAUUUAUUUAUAGCAGCGUCACCUGCCUGGUGCAGAAAAGGAGGUCGCACUGAGCAGUUUGUAGCCUAUUAGGCCGCAGUGUUGAGUUUCAAGCCGGAUCACUGAGUCAAUCCUGGUUGUUCACGAACACUGGAUCACUUCUCUGGAGGUGAAGAAGAGGAAGGUUUUUGUUCCCAUUAUGGACAGUAUUCUAGACAAUCUUGCAAAGACUGAGUUUAUUAGCAUUUGUGUUCAGAAUCCAAGGCUGCAUAAAGGUGACUUCUGGCACACGCACAUCGACUAUGAGAUCUGUGUACAUACCAACAGCAUGUGUUUUCGAAAGAAGACUUCCUUUGUGAGGCGGCGUUACAGUGAGUUUGUCUGGCUGCGUAACUGUCUGGAACAGAAUGCUCUGAUCAUAGAGUUGCCCAGGUUGCCCCCCUGGAACCCCUUCUUCAGCCUGAAGAACACAGAGCAAGUGAACCAGAGGAUGAAGGGUCUGCAGGAGUUUUUAGAGAUUGUUCUUCACACCCCCUUGUUGUUAUCUGACAGUCGGCUCCAUCUGUUCCUCCAGUCAGACCUGAGCAUCACAAAGAUUGAAAGGUGUGCUCAUGGUAAGACCAGGUACACAGUGGCUGAAGCCAUACAGCGUUCCAGUAGCGGUUACAUCAGUAGAAUCGAAGACAAAGCUUCUUUUGACUCUGAUUAUGAAAGCUCUUCAUCAUCAGGCUUGGGACUAAGUCUUGACAGUUCAGUGCAAGGAGACCCCCUCCUUAUCUUACAGUCGUCUGUCAGAGACCCAGAGCUGUGCAGCUGUCUGUCGGAGUCAUCCAGCCCACACACUGAGCGUUAAUGCAUUGAAGUUGCACUGCCCUUCCCUCCAGACAUAGGUUAUCCAUGUACUAACCUGUAUGUGAUACUCCACUGAGCUCUUAAUAUUCUUAACCUCCAAAGAGCAAAAAGUCUUGUUUUACUUUUGUUGAGGUCAUUAUGCCAUUUGGACAUUUGUUUUAUUAAUCUGCCUCAUGUAUCUAUUAAAUCAGUGCCUGAGUCAUUUAAAUAAUGUGUACUUGGAAAAAAAAAAUCUUUUCAUGUUUUAAAAAUGUACAGUAAGUCCAGAUUUGUUAUGAAAUCUUAAAUAUAUUUCCUAUGUAUAUUUUUAUUGCUGCACUAAAAUACUGCUGUUAAGGGAUCAUUUGAAUUGUAGAAGGUUUGUCUUGUUUUUUUUUUAGAAAAAUAUUUGAAAUUAUUUUUAUGAUUUAAUAAUGAAAGAAUAAAUUGUCUUUUUGAAGAAUA